ACAGACAGAGGAAUGUGGACAGUGAAUUCUAUUGGGCGUUUGGGGAAUCAGAUGGGAGAAUACGCCACCCUCUAUGCCUUAGCCAAACUUAAUGGGCAUCAAGCCUACAUCCUUCCAGCCAUGCACCAGUAUCUAGCAACAAUAUUCAAGAUUACUUUGCCAAUGAUCUCUUCUGAAAUGGUUGGCAAGAUCCAUUGGAGGAACUACAAUCUCCAUGACUGGAUGUUAGAGGAGUAUCGUCACAUCCAGGGCAAGUACGUGAAGCUAACAGGCUACCCUUGCUCAUUCACAUUUUAUCACCACAUCCGCCAUGAGAUACUUCAGGAGUUCACCUUCCAUGACUACAUCAAGGAGGACUCCAAUAAAUACCUUCUGCAGCUGCGGGGGUUGCGCAAGUCAGUAACAUAUGUUGGAGUGCAUGUCCGGAGAGGGGAUUAUGUUAAUGUGAUGCCCCAGGUCUGGAAAGGUGUAGUGGCUGACAAAAAGUACUUAGACAAAGCCAUGAAUUACUUCAGAGAGAAAUACCACGAUGCUGUCUUUGUGGUAGUUAGCAAUGGGAUGGCUUGGUGUAAAGAAAAAAUCGAUGCUUCCAAGGGAGAUGUUUACUUUGCUGGUGAUGGGCAGGAAUCAUCGCCAGGGAGAGAUUUUGCUCUUAUUGCUCAUUGCAACCAUACAAUAAUGACUAUUGGCACCUUUGGCAUCUGGGCUGCCUAUCUGGCCGGUGGAGAAACUAUUUACUUGGCCAACUACACCCUCCCAGACUCACCAUUCCUCAAUGUCUUUAAGCCAUCUGCAACCUUCUUGCCUGAAUGGAUUGGGAUCCCGGCUGACCUUUCACCUUUGCGACCCAAGUCAUAACUUAGGUUCUGAUUUGUACUUAAGUAGGUAAUAGU